CACCUAACUGGCAGUCAGUGGCUCCCGGGGCCCUGCGUCGUCAGUCUCGUCGGGGUAGUUUCGUGCAACCUCUUCGUGGGUCUCUCCUCCUCCUCCUCUCUCUCUUUCUCUCUCUCUCUCUCUCUCUCUCCCUGUCUUUCUCUCUUUUUCUCUCUCUCUCUCUCCGACUCUCUCCCUUCCUCCCGGUGCCUUCCCCUUUCUUUCUCUCUUUCCGUAAACCGACCUCUCUCCCCUCGGCCCUGACUUCCUCUCUUCCGCGAUCUUUCCACCUUUCUCGUCCGUUUUCUACCGGAAUAGUUGUUUCUUUUGCUUGCCCUUGGCGCUAUCUGUUGACGUGCGAAACAUUCGUGUCUCGUGGAUCUCGACAGUGAAUUCUCUUUGCCUCUAGUGAGUGAUAGGAACGUAAUCGCGGUUCAGUGUCGCGAUUUCGGACUCGUGCGAAUGGACCGGUUGACGAAUUUCGGAGCCAGCCGUUUUGACGAGAGCGAAAGGAAUCAGCCGCCAAGCAUCAGGAAUAUCGUCAAAGUUCUGCGUGGCACGUUGAUCGUAUAUCGUAUCGAUCACGUUCUCGUCUGGCAAUCGCGAGAAACCGCUCGCUAAAACUUGCGAGAUAAGCCGGGUGUGGUAUCGCGAAAGAGAGAAAGAGAGAGAAAGAGAGAGAGGAAAGCCGCGUGAUAAUUCGAGAAGACAGAGUGCGGAGGAUUCACUCGACAAUAUCCAGGAAAGAAUCACGGGAGUGUCGGAGUGUGAAUCGAGAGUGAACGAUUAUCAGUGGCGAAAGUGCCAGAGAGUUGAACCGGGUUGGAGAUCCGUCAGAAGCCGCAAACCCUGGAACGUUUCAUUUUGUGCCCGGCAUUCGUUAAAACUUGUAUAAAAUCCACCUUCAACGAGCUAACAAUGUGAAUCCCGCGAUAUUUAUUAGGUAUCGAUACGCCUUAAAUCUAAAUAAUUUCCCCAAAGAGUUUUCCAUUCGCGUGAGACUUCAACUUUUGAGAUCAACCAAGACAAACCUCUAUUGUUUACGUAUUUCCCGCAUCCGAAGCGACUUGAUCCUCGGUGGAUUCUGUAGCGUUUCGAAAAGAGGGAUACGAGGGGGCGGAAAGGGGGUGAACGCCGUCAAAGUUUCGCGAAUUUAAAGGGUAUUUAAAGGGUACGGCCGGCACGAAAGGCUUCAAGAUUGCUCGAAAACCGUCGCGCGACGUGCGCAGGAGUGGCAGAGCUGCGGAAAUAGGGGGUGCCGGCGUAAUGCAGCGGGUGGGCGCAGCCGGGGGGCCCGGGCCCAUCGGCUUCCAGGGCCCUCCGAGAUCACUGAAAAUCUCACCGGUCAACAUACAGGACGAGCCCACCGAUCCCACGCAGAAAGGAAGAAGUUCACUUUGCGUCGGUUGCGGCGGUCGAAUCCACGAUCAGUGGAUCCUGAGGGUAGCGCCUAAUCUGGAAUGGCACGCGGCGUGUUUGAAAUGUGCCGAGUGUCAACAAUUUCUGGAUGAAAAGUGCACCUGUUUCGUGCGAGACGGCAAGACCUACUGUAAGCGCGAUUACGUUAGAUUAUUUGGCACGAAAUGCGACAAGUGUAGCCAGUGUUUUAGCAAGAAUGAUUACGUGAUGCGAGCGAAGACGAAGAUCUAUCACGUGGAGUGCUUUCGAUGCUGCGCUUGCAUGAGGCGGCUCGAGACCGGCGACGAGUUCGCCCUGAGACAGGACGGCCUCUUCUGUCGGCACGAUCACGACGUCCUCGAGGGCGGCAAGCACUGCACCGGUGCCGCCGGGAUUCCCGGAAGCGAGAACAACAACAACGCCUCCCUGACGAACAACAAUCAUCAUCUGCACCCGAACGACGGCUCGAUGUCAGAUUCCGGGUCGGAGAGCGGUUCGCACAAGGCGGGCGUCGGCGGCGUCCGCGGCUCGGGUGGCCACAAAAGCGGCGGCGGAUCCGACGGGAAGCCGACGCGGGUGCGCACGGUUCUCAACGAGAAGCAGCUGCACACCCUCAGGACCUGCUACGCCGCGAAUCCGCGCCCGGACGCCCUCAUGAAGGAGCAGCUCGUCGAGAUGACCGGGCUGAGUCCGCGCGUCAUCAGGGUGUGGUUCCAGAACAAGAGGUGCAAGGACAAGAAGAAGACAAUCGCUCUGAAGCAGCAGAUGCAAGAGAAGCACUUUUUAUUUCAGGACGGGCGUAAGUUGGGUUUCGGCGGCAUGCAUGGCAUUCCCAUGGUUGCCAGCAGCCCCGUGAGACACGAAAGUCCUAUCGGCAUGACGCCGCUAGAGGUCCAGGCUUACAAGCCACCCUGGGAGGCGCUCUCGGAGUUUGCCCUUCAUACGGACCUGGAGCGACUGGAUCCCAACGCGCCGUCUUUCCAUCAUUUGAUGUCCCAGAUGCACGGCUACGAGAUGCACAGAGGCCCGCCACCGCAAUUACCGCCCCCGGGGAUGCUCGGCGGGCCGAUGAGCGAUGGCGGGGGUGGACCUUUACCGCCGCCAGGGCCUCAUCAUCCGGGCGGCGGCGGCGGACCGGAUAUGGGCCAGCAUCCCGACAGCACCGACAGCUUCGUGACCUACGUGGAGAGUGACAGUGACUCGUUUCACCACGAUACGGGAAGUCCAUAGUGUCGUGCAUGUGACGGAUGCAAAGCGACGACUAGCCCGCCGUCCUUCGCCUUCGUAGCUACCCUCGUCGUGGUGCUCGUCGUAACAGCGAGAUGGUUGCAGCGGCGGCGGAUCUGACGGGGAACCGGAAGUGCGCUCGAUAGGAACCGGAAACGCACGCUUGCGCGCACUCGACGAGUUUCAGAUACCAAAGGACUCCUUCGUGUCUCACACGUCGAUUCUUCGACGAUAAUCAAACAAGGCUCGGGGCGGGACGGGACACGUCGGGAUUCGGAGAAAGAUGCUUCGCGGGAACGACAUGAUUUCCGAUAUACAUAUAUGAAAUCAACGGGCAAAAAGGGGGGGAGGAGAUAAUAUUGUUAUUCGGGACAUUAUCUCGCAAAUUGACAUUUACACUUAUAAUAUUUCCCUUUCAAUUGUAACAAUUUCAACGUGACGACAGAAAAUCAAUCAUCUCACUAGGCACUUGAAAAUUUCAACGCAAACAACUUGAAACAUCCUACGAUUUAUCCAGCUUGAAUGACGUAAAAUCAUCGACGGUUUUCUUGUCAGACUAAACGUUAUUUUGAUUCUCUUGUUAUUUUUUUUUGAUAUAAUUCUUAUCAGUUUUUUAUUAUAUGUAUUACAUCUAUCGUUUAUAUACGUCACGAAUAUCUUGACAAAAGUUCGCCGCGAUAUUCCUGUUAAUUGCAACAUCAAUUUUGUCGAAUUCUUGACGAAACAAAAAUUUUAGACACAUGUCGUUGACCACGUGUAUAUAAGGAGAGAGAAGAGAGGAUCCCGACAUCCGACACUGGAAAAAUACACUGUACAUAGUUGCUAAUUGCUGUAAAUCUAAGCAAUGUUAAACCAUGAUGUACUCAGGCGCAAGUUGUAGCGUAGAAUAUGAAUAGUAGAAUAUAUUAUAUAUAUAUAGGCACAUAUGUUAUAUGUAAAUUUAUAUUAACGAUUGCGCAUUAUUCCAAUUAUGUUAAGUUUUACAACGGCAGAAAUAUGCUUGGAAGAUAUUGCCAUACGACGCGAUUUAUUUAUCCAUCCUCGAUGAGAGAGAGGGGGAGAGAGAGAGAGAGAAAGAGGGAGAGAGAGAGAAAGAGCUGCCGCGCUGUCAUCGUCGAUAUAUUCUGUAUUAUCUUUCAAAUUUGUAUGUCUAAACGAAAGGAGCGAUUCUGUACUUAUGAUACACAUGCCUCGGUUUUAAAAUAAAUGGAUGAUUACGCUUAAUUACCGAAGAAGCACAAGGGAGCGGUACUCCUUUAAUUACAUUAGGCAUAAAGAAAGCUGCAUUUUGACAAACCGUGCAAUCGAAGUCGCCUUGUAAGAAACAAGUUAAUUAAAUGAUAAAAAAUUGAUAGGAAUUAAUUGUAACGCAAAAUUAUAAAUGAUCUUUAAAGCAAGACUUUUUAGCUUCAUAUUUGUUAAUUUUUCUUCUAUUUUUCCUUCCGAUUUCUGUCUACUCAUUCUAAUCAGAUGCGAUUGUGAAUAAUCGGAGAAAUUAAAAAUUAUAUUAUUAGGAAGUAAAUUUU